CAUUUACUCAACGAUAAAAGGAAACAACCGGUUCUCAAGGCCAAUGUAUUUACUCGCGUACAUUUGAUCACGAUUUUCAUUUCAUCCACGAUGCCGGAUGAUAAGCCGGUUAUUAACGUCGAUGAUUACCAAGUUACAGAGGAAGAAGAGAUUGCGGCGAUCGAUUACGAGCUGCGGCAGAUAGACGUUGAAUUACAAAAACUGAACGAUCGGCGGAAGGUCCUGGUCAAACGUAAGGAGAAACUAAGGGAUGACGCCCUGCUAAAAAAGAGCAUAUCUUUGUCGAACAGAAACUGGGACAGAGAGAAUUUCCCAUGGUACGCGAAGCUGAUGGAGAAACUGAACAAUGUUUUCAAGAUAAAAAAUCUGAGGAAGCUACAAUUGCCGACCAUGAACGCAAUCAUGUCCAAGGAAGACGUUAUGCUCAUCAUGCCAACUGGCGGUGGUAAAAGUCUCUGCUACCAGUUGCCAGCUGUAAUAUCAAACGGGAUAACAGUGGUCGUUUCUCCAUUGGUAUCGCUGAUGGAGGACCAGCUCCACGGCCUGCGUAAAGUCAAUGUCAAGGCGAUGAUGCUGAGUUCAACCGCUAGCAAAGAGGACGUCAAGGAAAUCAUGAACUCUAUGACCGAUGCAAAAUCAGCCCUGCGUUUGAUAUACAUUACCCCAGAAUAUAUGGCAAAGUCCAAGAGGUUUAUGGCCAAGCUGCAGAAAGCGUACACGAUGAAUCGUUUUGAUAGAAUAGCGAUUGACGAAGUACACUGCUGCAGUCAAUGGGGCCACGACUUCAGACCAGAUUAUAAAUUCCUCGGCGUUUUAAAAUCCAUGUUCCCUGAUGUACCGAUAUUGGGACUGACCGCCACAGCCCCGGCUAAAAUCAUUGUUGACGUACAAAAGAUGCUGGACAUAGAGGGCUGUCUCGUACUCAGAGCCUCGUUCAAUAGACCUAAUCUUUAUUACGAAGUGCGAUGCAAGCCUGCACUCAAAGAAGAGUGUAUGUCGAUGCUGGAGGAUCUGCUCAAAAAUAGAUUUUCAAACAAGACUGGGAUCAUUUACACGACGACCAUUAAAGAUGCCGAAGAAUUGACCUCGGAUUUAAGAUCGCGAGGUUUGAGGGUCGGCUGCUAUCACGCAAUGCUUGAGGCAAGCUUUCGAACAAAGGUGCACGCUAAAUGGCUGUCCGGCGAAUAUCAAGCAGUUAUAGCAACGAUAGCAUUUGGUCUAGGCAUCGAUAAACCAGACGUAAGAUUUGUCAUUCACCACUGCAUAUCAAAGUCAAUGGAAAAUUUUUAUCAGGAAAGCGGAAGAGCCGGACGGGAUGGUCAGAAGGCUGAAUGCAUUGUGCUGUACAGAUUGGCAGACGUGUUUAAGCUGAGUGGAAUGGUUUUCAAAGAUAGAGUUGGACUGGAAAAUUUAUACAGAGUAAUCGCUUUCUGCCUUGAUCAAAAUACAUGCCGUAGAAGUCUGAUAGCAACACAUUUUGAGGAGGUUUGGACAGCUAGUGACUGUGCUAAAAUGUGCGACAACUGUCGGCUACCCAGAGAAAAAAAAGAAAUUGAUAUCGGUUCCUGCUGCAGGGCCUUGUACGAAAUUAUGACUAAAGCCGUUCAGAGCGACACUCGACUGACUGCACUAAAGUUGAUUGACUCUUGGUUUGGCAAGGGUGCUGUUAGUUUGAGAGUACCGUCGGUAUCUAUUCCAAAACAUUCCAGGGAAGUCGCGGAAAAUAUCGUCGCUCAUUUACUUAUAGAAGGCUAUUUACAGGAGGAUUUUCAUUUCACCGCAUACUCUACGAUAUCAUACUUGAAACGGGGUCCCAAAUCUGGUGCUGCUUUGAAUAAAAGUCAUCAAAUAAUGUUUAGAGUGAAGGGAAAUUUGAUCAAAUCUACCUGCGAUAGUUUGGUGGAAAAAUAUCAGGAAUCCACCGAUUCUAGGAAACAAAGUCAAACUGCAUCGCCAUCAAAACCAGAGAGUAACAGUAAAUAUAAGACGUGCGAGGACGCGGACGCUUCUUCAAAACGGCAAAAGAACGGCGGUAAACUAUAUGAUUCCAAUUCAAAACCAGUUGAGAAAAAAAGUGACACAAAGGACAAACACAAGUCGAGUAAAAAUAAGCACAACUCUAAAGAUCCUGAGCGCUCAGAAUCUAAUAAAAUCGGUUUGGACGAUAAAAGAAGUAGCCGUAAUACUAAGAAAAAUAACCAUACCGAACAUAAAAGUAGUAAUACAGAGAAUAAACAUUCAGUUUCAGAGAAAACUAGGUCAGAUAACAUACAGGAUGUAACUAUGGCGAGUGAACGAGUAAGCGAGAAAAGGAAAGUUUACGUUAUCGACUCGAGCGAUGAGGAAGAUUGCAGUAAAAAACAAAAGACUAGCUGAA